AUGUAUUGUCCUUCAUAUCCGUGUCAACAAUAUGGCCGUAAUUAUUAUAUGGGUCGUUUAAUUGGAGAAGUUAUGCCACAUUCUAAUGUUCAUCAUUUAAUGCGUUGUGGCCGCGAAAUGCAAGAAUAUCCUGAUUAUAUGCUUGCAUUACUUGGUAUUCAACCAGGUAUGAUUGUUGCCGAUAUUGGUGCGGGUGUUGGUUAUAAUUCAUUUCGUCUUGCUCGUCUAGUUGGACCAUAUGGACGUGUUUUUGCAACGGAUAUUCAACCUGAAAUGCUUAAUCAAUUAGCAAUGAAUGCAUAUAUGUUUGGUCUAUCAAAUAUAGUACCUGUAUUAGCUUCACAUUUUGAUACAAACCUUCCACCUAAUUCUUGUGAUCUCAUUCUUAUGGUUGAUACCUAUCAUGAAUGCACAAAUCCACCAGCUAUUUUAAGUGGAUUGUAUCGAGCAUUAAAACCAAAUGGUCGACUUGUUCUAGUUGAAUAUCGUUUAGAAGAUAGUUGGAUGUCUAAUAUUUAUGAUGAUCAUCGUAUGUCUCUUUUUCAAGCCAAACUCGAACUUGAAUCAAAUGGAUUCUUUUUAUUACAAGCUAUUGAAUCACUUCCGUGGCAACAUGUUCUUAUUUUUAGGAAAAAAUAA